AUGAGCCGCAAAGCUGUGCGGCGUUGCUUUGAGCUCUUCUUUACCAGACAUUUUGCAUCCGACUUUUGCUCUUUUGAUUAUCGUCCUGAUUUCGAAGCCAACUAUCACCGUAAACCCUUCCUUGUGUACUCCAUCAUCUGCCUCUGUGCACGGCACCUCACCCCAGAGGAAGCGGCCGAAGGGUUCCAAUUAUCCAGCGGGGACGAAGUCUGGAGGCGUUAUUCGCAGAUGGCUCGGUCCAAGGCCAAAGCUGCAUCGGAUGAACCGAGUGUCGCUCACAUCCAAGGAUAUCUAGUCCUAGCCGUUGCCGAGCUUCUCGCCGGCUCUGGAUCUCGGCACUGGAUGUACGCCGGGACGGCUAUUCGGAUGGCCCAGAUCAUGCGCCUCAACAAGGAUUACCAUCAGAGGUAUGGCCCAAGAGAGCAAGAGAUCCGACGCCGCACGUAUUGGGCAUGCUUGCUCCUCGACAGAGCCCUAGCAUCCCUCUUGUGCAAGCCGCAUUGCCUAUCGGAAGUGAAUAUCGGAAUAGCCCUCCCGAGCACAGAUACGUCCCUUGCCUACCAGGAGGGGUCAAGAGGAUUGACUCUUGAAGGGAUCCAGUCCUUUGCGGGAUACCCUUCGGAGAUCGGUCUAGCUCCUUAUUUCAUCCGCACCGUCUACCUCUGGGGCAAGCUGGCUGACUUUAACGUCUGUUGUCGGAGGAACCUUGACAAGCAUCCUCCCACUGACCCGCAGAGUCUAUUCUUCCAACUAACCUCGACCCUCCAAGAUUGGCUCUCAUCCUUGGGACCCAGCUUGCAGUGGAGCAUCCAGAACUACCAUAACCAUUGUGAUCUUGGCCAGGGGCUAAGCUUUGCCUCGAUGCACAUGCUACUACGAAGUUCACUGUGUGUGGCUCACCAAGCAUAUCUACCACAGCUGGACGGAUUUACUGUUCUCUGUGAACGUAUGGACGCAGCUGGCUGGUCAUACUUUCAUCGUGAAAACUGUCUUAUCGAGAUAUGCGUCCCAAAUGCCAUGGCUAUCGGCGAGAUGCUCAUCGCAAUACUGGAGUCAGAUCGGCCUAGUCAAGCCGCACUCCAAUCGAUAUGGGUCGCCGCUUCAAUCCUCUCAGCGGUAAACACCUAUCUUUGGGUCAUCUAUGCUGGCGAUGAAACCUUUUCGGCCGAACAGACAGUCAAUCAGGCCAAAUCGUAUCUAGAAACGAUCCGUCGUAUCUUUAUCUCCUGGCAACAUGACUGGAAGGUGGCUAAACGCUGGCUCUCGGCUUUGAAUGCCAUGCAAGCCAUGUACCGAGCCGCAUAUCUCGGUGAUCUAGCCCACGAACCCACCGCCGAAGCCUCUGAUUCGUCUGGAGAGGACGCAUCCCGGGACUUCAGGCCUGAACCAGGAGACGGCUUUCCUUCCGUGGUGGACUUGCCCGAUCUCUACGCCUCACUGCGCCUAGUUGCGUGUGACUCGUCGGCAAUGCCGAUGGACGUCGGAGCCGUGUGGUUACAGCUGUCAACAGGUUGGCCCUGUGACCCCGGGGGUAUUUUCGAUCUAUUCCCGGCUUAG